UAGUUACCGCACGUUACCUUAAACGGCACCGGAGGUGACGAUAAGAGUGCGAGACCCCUUAUAACGGCGCCCCGCUUCCCCUCCAACACCAUCGUCUCUCGCCUUGGGCUUCGAUCCCUCCUCUCUCUCUCUCUCCCUAUCUCUCAGCCGCUACGUGCGAUCCGGACCUGGUAUCGGGUCGUCGUGUCGGGCUCCCACGUGUCGGCCUGCCGAUAUAAACCGCGCCGCCUUCGGAUCGGAAUGCCGCUCCGGAGAUGAGGACCUCGGGGGCGGCGACGCCUGUGGCGGCGGCGGAGGAGGAGGAGGAGUUCUACGAGUCUUUGGAUCGGAUCCUAUCAUCGUCGUGCUCCUCCACCUCCGCCUCCGACGACGACGCCGACCACCACCACCACCGUCGAGUCCCCCGGUUCCCCCUGCCCAUCGCCGCCUCCUAUGAUCUGUGGAUCUCCGAGCCUUCAUCCAUUGAGGAGCGGCGCCGCCGGCUCCUCCAUCAGAUGGGCCUCGCCGCCGAUCCCGCCCUCUCCCGCUCUCUACCUGCCGCCCCAGACGGCGGUGAUGGCGGGAUCGCGGACGUAGGAAGGUCCGUCUUGGCCGACGGCCUUUGCCCCCGGCCCAAUCUCCCUGCCGCGGUCACGGCCGUCUUCACCCGAUCCAGAUCCGACGGCUCCGUGGAUCCCAGCCCUGCACAUAGACAGCAACCAUUCCGGACCCCGCUCUCGUUUGGGACCGCGAUCCCCAAUAAGCCACCCCUCGGCCGGAGACCUUGGCCGACUGCGGGAGAGCGUGGGGAAUCCGGCGGCAAAGACGACGGCGGCGGCGCUGAUGAUGGUGAACGGCGGUGCACGAUCAAGAACCUGGACGACGGAAGGGAGUUUGUGGUGAAGGAGUUCCGGGAGGACGGGAUGUGGAACAAGCUGAGAGAGGUGGGGACGGGGCGGCAGCUCACGAUGGAGGAGUUUGAGAUGUGCGUCGGCCGAUCUCCAAUCGUACAGGAACUCAUGAGGCGGCAGAACGUGGAGGAGUUGGAGAGUGGUGGAAAGAGGGACGUCGGUGGCUCCGGAGACCCUGGAGGUGUGCCGAUGACCACCUCCGGGGCUGCCCCAGCAACGAAGUCUAAAAAGAGGGGUGGCUGGCUGAAGACCAUCAAGAACAUGGCCGGCACGGUGGUCGCCGGAGGGUAUUACCAACGGGAAAGGCGGAACAGCGACGAGAAGGACUCAUCAUCGGAGAGGGGUGGCAGGAGAUCGAGCUCGGCCACUGAUGAUAGCUUGGAUGCGUCGCAUUCUUCCUACCAUUGCCCUGAGAGGAUUAGGGUUCGGCAGUAUGGGAAGUCCUUCAAGGAGCUCACGGGUCUUUAUAUGAGCCAGGAGAUACAUGCCCAUAAUGGAUCUAUUUGGAGUAUCAAAUUCAGCUUGGAUGGCCGGUAUCUGGCCAGUGCUGGGGUGGACUGUGUCAUCCAUGUGUGGGAAGUCUCGGAGUCCGAGAGGAAGGUGGAAUUGCUAACAGGGGGGGUGCCAGGAGAGAAUGGGAAUUGUUAUCCCUUUUUCACUGCUAUUAGUAACGGGUCACCGGAGCCGGCAUUGGCGUUGGCUUGUGUUGAAGGCAACUAUUGGGAGAAGAAGAGAAGAGCAAAGGUCCCUAGUAAUAGGAAGUCUGUGAGCAUGGACCACUUGAUGGUGCCAGAACGCAUCUUCACACUCUCGGAGAAGCCUGUCUGUUCUUUCCGUGGCCACCUUGACGAUGUCCUGGAUCUCUCAUGGUCCAAAUCACAGCAUUUGCUUUCAUCUUCAAUGGAUAAGACAGUAAGGCUGUGGCACAUUUCUAGCAAUUCUUGUUUGAAAACAUUCUCGCACAGUGACUAUGUGACCUGCAUCCAGUUCAAUCCUGUAGAUGACAGAUACUUCAUCAGUGGAUCAUUAGAUGAGAAAGUUCGCAUAUGGAGUAUUCCAGAUCGUCAAGUUGUUGAUUGGAAUGAUCUUCAUGAAAUGGUUACUGCUGCUUGCUUCACUCCUGAUGGGCAGGGUGCACUGGUAGGAUCACAUAAAGGGAGCUGCUACUUGUUUGACACGUCCGAGAAUAAGCUGCAUUACAAAAGUCAGAUAGAUUUACAAAUCAAGAAAAAGAAAUCCAGCCCCAAGAAAAUCACUGGUUUUCAGUUUGCCCCAGGAAGUUCUUCGGAAGUUCUUGUUACAUCUGCAGAUUCAAGAAUUCGUGUCGUUAAUGGGGUCGAGCUAGUUCACAAGUUUAAAGGCUUCCGCAACACAAGUAGCCAGAUCUCAGCCUCCUUAGCUGCAAAUGGGAAGUAUGUGGUCUGUGCUAGCGAGGACUCCCACGUUUAUGUUUGGAGAUAUGAUGCUGAUACCCAGCCAAGUAGAAGCAAAGGUGUUGUUGGUGUCACACAAUCAUAUGAACACUUCAACUGUCAGGAUGUGACGGUGGCGGUGACAUGGCCAGGCACCAGCACAGGACGGCUGUCUCGAGUUAAUAGCCACAACCAAAAUGGUCCGGAUGGAGUGUCGAAGGCUGGCCCAGGGGUGCUAGCUGGGACCAAUGAAUACGGGAGCCCAUUCCUGCCUGUGUAUGAGUGCAAUGGUAGCUCCCUGAACAGUAUCACCCUUGAUGCGAACAGUAACAACUUUAGUGAUAGGGCUUCUGCAACUUGGCCUGAAGAGAAGCUGACCAACAAUAGCCCUCAAAGCAACGGCGAAUUUUUCAAUGAGGUUAUGCGGAUGCCGAGCAGGUCAGCCUGGGGAAUGGUCAUUGUCACUGCUGGAGGUGGAGGCGAAAUUAGAACAUUUCAAAAUUUUGGGUUUCCACUUUGGGUUUGAAGGCAAAGUUUUCUAUAAGAAAUUGCUGCACACCUUGCAAUGAUAUCAGAGACCUGUGCUGUGGUUGCAAAGUUAAUUCGACAGCUGCAGUAGUUUUGUGUAUAGAUGGAUAUAUGGUUUGAGGAUUGUAAUAUUCCGUGAGGUUUAUUUAGUUGCUCCAUUUGCUCAACGUAUUUGUGAGAGCUGGAGUCCAGCCCAAGAACCGCACGUUGAUUCAUAUUUGUCAGGCUUUGUAUAACUGAAAUGUAGGAGUUAAAACACGUCAGGCAUUGUUCAUCAUUUGUUUUCUUUUUACAUUGAUGUAAAAUAGAAAAAUUCAAUCCAACAACAAAAUCAGAAUUCUGCUGGA